AAAAGCCAGUGUUUUUAAGCAAGUUUUAAGGGUCAAAUUCUCCACAAUGCAUAUGGGAAACGAAGGAUGUCUGCAAGGUAAUUGAAGAAAUGACAUCAGGAAAAGCUCACUGGAUCUCUCAUAAUAGUUGCACUUCUUUGUUAUCAUCAUUCAUGGUGGCUUCACAGAUUCGGUUCCUCUUAAAGAAUCCUUUCAUGGCGUCUCUCUUCUUGCUCACUCCACUCUCUUUCAUCCUUGUUUUUUCUCUCUUGUCCCCACCGUCCGCAUCCACCCAGCAGCACCAUCAUGAUCAUGAUCAUCAUCAUCGUUAUCCGUUCAAAACUCCCCCUCCAAUCGGCAACUUAUCGGAUACCAUUCCCCCUAACCUUGCUAAAGCCUGCAAAGCCACACGAUUCCCCGAUCUCUGCACUUCCUCCGCCACGUCCCUUCAUCUACCUCCAUCUCCAUCUCCUGUUGAGAUCAUCCAGUCCGCAAUGCAGCUCUCUUCAGAUAAACUCAAAUCCGCAAUCUCAAUGGUACAAUCAAUCCUAGACACAUCCGCCGCCCAAAAAAACCUUAACCGCUCCACCGCCGCCAAGAACUGCCUGGAGCUUCUCCAUAACUCACAACACCGCAUCUACUUAUCAACUGACGCUCUGCCUCGUGGCAAAAUCAAAGACGUCCGUGCUUGGAUGAGCGCUGCCUUACUUUUUCAAUACGAUUGUUGGAAUUCACUCAAGUACGCUAACGAUACUCAACAGGUUAGCGAUUCUAUGGCAUUCAUCGAUACAAUGGAACACUACACCAGUAAUGCCCUUAGUAUGGUCGUUUCCUACGCUAUAUUUUCCGAUCGUACUGAAUCGUGGUCGCCGCCAAAGACCGAGCGGGAUGGAUUUUGGGAACCGAUUGACGGCGGUUCUAGCUCUUCGGGAUUUACAGGUGGAUUUCCGAAUGGAUUAACGCCGGAUGUCACCGUCUGUAAUGGCAAGUGUGAUUAUCAAACGGUGCAGGAUGCGGUGGACGCGGCGCCUACGUAUGGAAACCGGAGAUUCGUGAUUGGGAUCAAAGCUGGGAUUUUUGAAGAGACUGUUAGGGUUCCGUUGGAGAAGACCAAUGUCGUGUUUCUUGGGGAUGGGAUGGGCAAAACUGUCAUUACAGGAUCAUUGAAUGUUGGACAGCCAGGGAUUUCCACUUACAAUACUGCUACUCUUGGAGUUUCUGGGGACGGUUUUCUCGCUAGUGGCGUCACAAUAAAAAAUACAGCCGGUCCAGACGCUCAUCAAGCUGUUGCAUUCAGAUCGGACAGUGACAAAUCAGUAAUCCAAAACUGCGAAUUCAUCGGGCACCAAGACACCCUCUACGCACACGGCCUCAGACAAUUCUACAAAUCAUGUCGAAUUGAAGGCAACGUAGAUUUCAUCUUCGGAAACUCAGCUUCCAUUUUCCAAGACUGCGACAUUCAAGUAUCACCCCGUCAAUUAAAACCGGAGAAAGGCGAAACAAACGCGGUAACGGCUCACGGAAGAACAGACCCCGCCCAAUCAACAGGGUUCGUUUUCCAAAACUGUAGAGUAAACGGAACUCCAGAAUACAUGGAUUUAUUUAAGAGUAAGCCUCAAGUUCAUAAGAAUUAUUUGGGAAGGCCAUGGAAAGAGUUUUCGAGGACAGUUUUUCUGAAUUGUAGCUUGGAAGGUUUGGUUUCGCCUCAGGGAUGGUUACCUUGGACAGGGAAUUUUGCGUUGAAAACGCUUUAUUAUGGGGAGUCUAAUAAUUAUGGUGCGGGUGCUGAAUUGGGACAAAGGGUUGGGUGGAGUAGUCAAGUUGAGGAUGUUCAUUUGGACUAUUAUUCUGUGGCUAACUUUAUACAGGGUAAUGAAUGGAUACCUACUUCUUGAGUUUUAGAAGAUGUAAUUCAUUUGAAAUAAAUAAAAGAUAAAGACAUUUUCUCAGGCAGAGUACUUAUACAAAAGGAUGGAUGAUGCAAGUUAUCAUUCUUCUUUAUUGUGAAUGACUUUAUUUGAAAAUGAAGCAGUUGUGGUUGUUUUACUA